AUGUCCAACAAUAACGGAAUACGUAAAAUCACUAGACCUCCAACUGCAUUACAACGAGUAUUUGAAAAAGUGACCCUGUUUUCUGUUUUUCCAAAUUCAUCUACUUCACAACGAGAUGGUACAACUACAGAUGAAAAUAAUGUACCAAAAUUAAAUCGGAUCUCAUCUCAUAAACUAUAUCAAAGGAUUGGUAAGAUUAUAAAAGUUGGGAAUAGAUAUAAAAUCAUGAAAACUCAACUUCUGAAUGAUUUAAUUACUUGGUCAGGAUCCAUUCCUAAUGCAGAAAAUAAAUUAAUGAUAAGAGAGUUUAGUCAACUAUUAUCUACACAAAAUGGUACAUUUAGUGAAAUGGAAGAAAAGCUUGAUAAAAUUAGACUAAGUUUAUCAUUUGUCAAUGAACGGGAAAAGAAACAAAGUGAAUUGUUGUCGUUAAAAAUUAAAUUGGAUAAACAGUUAAAAGAAAGUAAAGAAAAGCUUGGCCCAAGAGCAUCUGGAACCAUUUUGAUUACUGAGAAGUUAGAAGAAGUAGAAUGUAGUUUACAAGUGGUUGAACAACAAUAUAUUCGAGCAGUUGGAAACGAUUUGAAAGAAUCAGUAAUUGAUUAUGUCUAUUCUGUAAGUUUAUUAACAAGAAAAUUAGGAGAUGUCAGCGAUGACAUACUCUCAGUGUUGGAUCAAGAUAAUGGAGGCGGAGAAAUUGCCAGAAUUUCUCCUAAUAAGUUUUCAAAAUCAAGAAGGAGAGAUUCAAAAUUUUCAAUCGAUGGAUUAUCCUUAAAAGAAGAAAAUCAAAGACAAACUUAUGAAAUGGCAACUCCUCAAUCAAUUUGUGCAGAUUGUAAAAAAGUCCCCCCUUGUUCUCAUAAUAAUAAUUUGCAAUAUGAAGCCUUACAAGUACCUCGUGCACCUGCUCAACAGCAACCGGUACCAUUAGGUCCUAGUCAAACCCAAAAUGUACCUCGUCAGUACCUGCAACAUACACACCGUCAAUUUCUGCAACUUGGACCUCAAGAUGGGAUAUUUAAUUAUGGGUUCCCAAGAGAGCCUUCACAUGAAUCCAAUAAUCAAUGGAAAUAA